AUGGUAUUAAUACAAAAUUUCCAUAAAAUAAGCAAAAAUACUGAAUAUUCUAUAAUAAAAGACUUUAGUAGAAGAACAAGCACUUGUAGAAGAACUGUAGAUAAGUUUUCUAAUACAAAAACAACAUAUAUUUCUGAUUUUUUAUCACCAACAACAAGCUGGCAACUUGAUCAGGCUUUGUCACCGUAUUUUAAAAGCUCUCCAGAUAUUUCAAGAUUUAAACGAGGCAGUAUACUUCCAUUGGGCUACAAUUAUCUCUAUUUUUCAAGAUGUGAACCAGAAGAACGUCUAGCAAAAGAUGGAGGAGAUAUGGUGUAUACUCCAUCAGUAGAGUGGGUUAGACGUUUAUGGGCAAAAGGAUCACUUGAAUAUAUGAAAAAAGAUACUUUAUGGCCUUUACGUAUGGGAUAUCCUGCUUUUUGUACUGAAACUGUUGAAAAAAUUGACAAUGAAUAUUAUAAAAAUAAUGCUAUUGCUAUAUGGACAAACAAGGAAAUAGCUCCAUUGGAUGAUAAAGAACAAAUAAAAGAAAUACAUUUAAGAGAAAGGACAUGCAUUGUUUACCAAUUGGAAGAAAAGGAUGGAAAAAAAGUGUUACAAAAACAAAAAAAAACCUGGAUACCUGAAUUUUCAAUUUCUAUUACGCCUUCACAAAUUCUUCUUUUUCGAUACUCGGCACUAACAUUUAACGCUCACAAAAUUCAUUACGAUUAUUCAUAUUUAAAAGAAGAAAAGUACGAAAACUUUGUAGUUCAAGGAUCUUUAAGCGUUAUUUUACUUCUCAAAUUACUAAGACAACAUACAUCUUCACAUUUAAAUUUAAAAAGUUUUUAUUAUACAAUACAGAGGCCACUUUAUGCAAACUCUACUUACAAAUUCUGUGGACGAAGAUUAAAAAAGCUCAGUGGUACUCAGUAUAUCUUAUGGGUAGAAUCAGACAAUUUACUCCAUAUAAAAGGAACAGCCGAAAUGUGGUGA